AUGAAAAAGUGGCAGAGGGAUUUAGCUGGGAUAAAUACGUUCCGGCUGAUUCAGGACUUGUUGCUCGAAUCUUGGAAGAAGAAGCAAUCAAAUCCAAGCCAAAAAAGAACAAAGAUUUUCAGAUCAUCAGAAAGUGAUGAAGAUACCGAUGAUGAGGAAGAAUACAUUAAUAAUGCUAGAAAAAGUUUAGACUCAUUCAGUUUUAAUUUGUUUUUUGCAGAUAAAAUUGAGAUGUUGAAAGAGAAAAGGGCUGCUCGUCUGAAGAGAGAAUUGGAAGCAAGAAGGAUUGUUGAAGAAAAAGAAAAAAUGGAAGCUGAGAAAGCAGAAGUUAAAGAAAAGUCGACGGAAAAGGUCGAAGUUGAAGGGUGGGAAGCAGAAAUAGAAUUCGAUGAAGAACCAAUGAAGAUGGGAAAGGUAAUUGAGAUAAUAGAUGAAAAGAUCAUCGAAGUUGAUAAAAUCGUCGAAGUUGAGAAAAUCGUCGAAGUUGAGAAAAUCGUCGAAGUUGAGAAAAUCAUCGAAGUACAAGUUCAGAAGAAGAGAAGGAGAAACUGUUCAGGAAACAGUCAAAUCAAGAGUUUCUCGCUGAAAGAAAGAAGAAUAUGA